AUGGCGGCGGAGCGGGAGCGGGAGCCGGGCCCCGGUCCCGGUGCCGGGCCCGCGGCGGGAGAGCGGAGCGCGGCCGGAGGGUGCCGGUGCUCCGCUCUGCCCGCUCCUGGGCAGGGGGUCAUGGAGGAGGCUCGGUGCCGCCUGCGGGAGUUCGAUGUCGGGGAUAAGUUCUGCCGCUUGCCGCUGCCCAGAGCCGCCGUGCUGCUGCCGCUGGUGGUGCGGCGGGGGCGGCUGCACCUGCUGCUCACCGUGCGGUCCAUGCAGCUGAGAAGAUCACCAGGGGAAGUGUGUUUUCCAGGAGGUAAAAGAGAAGCCACUGAUAAAGAUGAUAUUGACACUGCUCUCCGAGAAGCUAAAGAAGAAGUGGGUCUUCAGCCAGAGAAGGUGGAUGUCAUCUGUAGGCUGAUGCCUGGAAUUGAUAAAGUGCUUCUGACUUGGACAGAGUCUUUCCAGACCUGAAUACCACAAACACUGUUUUGCUCUUCCUCCUUUCUACCUCCUUGGUUAGUGUGAAUAAAUAGAACUAGCAAGGUAUCCUAAAGAAUUUGGUGUUCCAUUAAUGCAAACUGUGAUUUCAGUAGAUUUUGCCUUCCUAUGGAAGAAGGGAUUAUAUUUAGAAUUAAAAAGUCCAUAAUUAAGCAGUUGAACACCUUGCCUGGACUGUUGGAAAACCCAUCUGCAGUGGGACUCCUGAAGGUGGAAGAGC